CCGUUGGAGCAGACUGCAGAGCGGACGCAAAACAUAACGUCAUAGCUAAUGUUAGCUAACGUACAUUAAAAAAAAUCUAACUCUGUGGAAAAAACUUCAUCUGUCUGCGAGUUCAAAAGCGCUACUACAAGAUGCCGUUAAUAACCUGUAAAUGUGUGCUGAAUAUGAAUGUCAGCAGAAACACACAACUGAGCUGUGUUCUGUGGUGUGCUUAAAGCUACGCUAGCUAAUGUUGUUGCUGAGUUGCGAGAACGUGUUGUUGUUGGUCAGGUGUCGCUUGUUUGGGGCAUGCCUGGUAAUAGGAGUUCUUGUAAAUUUGGGCUUUGGGGAUUUUCUUAUCGGCUUUCUGCGAGCUGGUGGAAGCGCUGACCUCCGUUAAUGUCGAUAACGGCUGCUUGUAACUGAUGUAAAAGGAACAGGCUGUUCUUUGAGUGCGAGGUUGGAACGAAGCGUCCGCACCAAAACAACGAUGCGAUUGGUCCGAAUCGGGACGAGGGUUGGUUUCAUUGGUCGGGCUCUCUCAACUCCGCCCCCUCCUCAAUGUAAUUGGUCGUAUGCAAAUUGGGUGAAUCGCGUCUUGUUGUGAAGUUGUCAAAUACACACCUCUAAUGUGCGCUUGAGGUCCAUGCGUGUACGCUGAUAUCUGUCCUGUUUUUGUUUUAUUUUGUUUUUUUUCAUCACGGCAUAUUGUUUGUAGCUGCCUUAUAGUGCUAUCAGCAUGUAGUUUUUGUUUUUUAAAAAAAUAUUAAAAGCCAAGUAGCCUAAUAGUGAUUUUACCAACAUCAUUUUACCCAUAUACCUCACAAAUACACAUAAGAGCAGUAUUCACUGCCAUAGGGAAUUGUAUUGUUUAAAACAUUAUUAUGUUGUUUUGAUUUGUGUUUUCUAUAUCCGUUGUAUCUGUAUAUAACUGAAGUGCAAUUUUGAUUGGUGUUGAACCUUUUUAUUGUCUUUGCUGUGUUUUCAUCCUUUUUUUCCUUUCUUGGACGAAGUGUGAUCUAUCGUGUCAUUACAUUUUGCUCUCUUUGGUAGCCCACUGUAAACUAAAUAUGACGUAUGGAGAACAUGGAAAAUAAAUACAUAGGACUGCGAACAACUCAAACGAAGGAAAUGCGGAAAAAUGUGCAUAUUAUUAGUAAACGAUAUAAAUUAAUGCUUUACUAUUGUGGGUAGCCCUAUGUGUAGGUUGCCGUUUAAAACGAUGAGAUGGAAGGGGCCUCAGUGUGUUAUCUGCUCAAUGCAAAUGUCAUGUUGGCUAGUACUUGAGUCCCCUUACCCCACCCCCACCCAGCAGGGUUUACGUUUAGUGGUGUAGGGUGAGCCCAUACGCCUCAGCAUCACCCCAUUCAUUCCGUUCGGCGGGCAGCGAGACAGCCUGUAAUUUCGAUUAAUUAAACAGCAGCUCAUGGGACAUUUGAAGCCAUGAAUUAAUUUGUUUUGCUGAGUUAUCAGGUGCUCUUGGCGAUAGCCUUUUUAAAAAGAAAAUGUGUCUACUUAACUGACUGUUGACUGGAAAUGUACACGGAAGGUGCGCUCAGGCGAUGUCGGGGUUGACAAUAGAUGUAAUCGGCUUAAUUAAUGGUGUACGCGCGGUGAUGCAGUCUAGGGUUAUUUUGAGUAUUUAUUGACAAGUCAAGACAGGGUGCAGAGGAUGUGGAGGUGGUGAUGCUCCUCCCCCAGUAUGGGAUCUUUGUUGGAUUAUCCGCUGAGGACCGCUGGCAGCAGCUCGGACGGGACGGAGGACUCGGACUUUUCCGCCGACCUCGAACACACCGAAGCUUCCGAGAGCGCGCGCAGGCGGAGCAGCACGCGCCUGACCCGCGCGUCACUGCGCCUCAGCCAGAGCUCACAAGAUAACUGCAGCUCAGCACGGAGCAGCUCUCCUACACCCGUGGGUCCUGACGAAGGCCUGGAUUCCGCAGCAGAGGCAGCAGCAGCAGCAGCAGCAGCGGCAGUCGCAGCGUCCGUCUUCUCGUCCGGGCGCAGGAUCACACGCAGCCAGCAGGGGGCGACAAACACUACAGCAAAGAAAUACCCACUGCGGCAGAGCAGGUCGUCUGGUUCAGACACCGAGGCUAAUGGCUCAGCAGAUCUGAAGCAGGGGCCAGACCGGGACGAGACCCCUCCCCGCACCCCGACAGGGAACGCCCCAUCCUCAGAGUCUGACAUCGAAGUUUCCAGCCCCGGCAACGACCUUGUGUCUUCCAGCAACGAUAUUGUGGUUUCCCAAGAAGAGGACGAGCGAUUGGCCAAAGAGCUGUCACUCAAAGAGGCCGCCGCCCACGACCUCUCCCACCGGCCCAAACGUCGGCGCUUCCACGAGAGCUACAACUUCAACAUGAAGUGUCCCACACCUGGGUGCAACUCAUUGGGUCAUCUAACAGGGAGGCAUGAAAGACAUUUCUCUAUAUCAGGAUGUCCUCUCUAUCACAAUCUCUCAGCUGAUGAAUGCAAGGGCAAGGCAUCAACUCGCGACAAACAGGCUGAGGAAAGGACGCUGUCACACCGCCAGGACGAGAACCGACACUCCACAAGAAACCAGGCCCCAACAGAACGUCAGCUGCGUUACAAGGAGAAGGUGACGGAGCUGAGGAGGAAACGAAACUCAAGCCUCAAUAAGGAGCAGAAGGAGAAACACAUGGAUCACCGCCAGAGCCACGGAGCAAGCAGGGAGCCGCUGCUGGAGAACAUCACCAGCGACUACGACCUCGAGCUGUUCAGGAAAGCGCAGGCACGUGCCUCGGACGACCUUGAGAAGCUUCGUCUGGCAGGCCAGGUGUCAGAAGGCAGCAACAUGAUAAAGACCAUCGUGUUUGGCCGCUACGAGUUGGACACCUGGUACCACUCUCCAUACCCAGAGGAAUACGCCCGCCUCGGGAGGCUCUACAUGUGCGAGUUCUGCCUAAAGUAUAUGAAGAGCCAGACCAUUCUGCGCAGGCACAUGGCCAAGUGUGUGUGGAAGCACCCUCCAGGUGAUGAGAUCUACAGGAAGGGGAAUAUCUCUGUCUUUGAGGUGGAUGGAAAAAAGAACAAGAUUUACUGUCAGAACUUGUGUCUGCUGGCGAAACUGUUCCUGGACCACAAGACUCUCUAUUACGACGUUGAACCGUUCCUCUUCUAUGUCAUGACCGAGGCUGACAACACAGGGUGCCAUCUAGUCGGGUACUUCUCCAAGGAGAAGAACUCUUUCCUGAACUACAACGUGUCCUGCAUCCUCACCAUGCCACAGUACAUGAGGCAGGGCUACGGCAAGAUGCUCAUAGACUUCAGUUACCUGUUGUCCAAGGUGGAGGAGAAGGUCGGUUCACCCGAGCGCCCCUUGUCUGACCUGGGCCUAAUCAGCUACCGGAGUUACUGGAAGGAGGUGCUGUUACGCUACCUGAACAACUUUCAGGGGAAGGAGAUCUCCAUCAAAGAGAUCAGUCAGGAGACGGCAGUGAACCCAGUGGACAUUGUCAGCACACUGCAAUCCCUACAGAUGCUCAAGUACUGGAAGGGAAAGCACCUGGUUUUAAAGAGACAGGACCUCAUCGACGACUGGAAGGCCAAGGAGACCAAACGUGGUAACAGCAAGACCAUUGACCCCACUGCCUUAAAAUGGACGCCACCUAAAGGGACGUAGAGGAGCUUCACACUCCAAACCCAGAACACACACACACACACACACACACACACACACACACACAGACAGAUCAUUCUCUGCACACUGGCAUGCUCACAGACCCUGAGCCUAAACCUACACACACUCUUGUACAAAACGCUUUCAGCAGCCACAGCACAGUCGGUCACCUACAGAGUCAGUUACUCUUGGUUCAGCAGUCACUGUCAUGGCUACAGAAUAUGACUUCCCUCCAACAUAGGCAACAUUAGCUCACUAAUAGGAUGUCUGUCAGGAAGGGAACCUGCAAAAUCUGACCAAGCAGUAAGCCAGAGUGGUCAUCAAGGGAUCAGUGAGGGCUUCAUUUGAAAUAUUCACUUAAAAUUGCACAUUAAAAAAACAUUUACUGUACUGCACUGUACUGUAGUGCCAUGAAAUUAAAAAAAGCUGUGGUAGCAAAAAGUGACACAAAAGCAAUAUUACAAUCAUUGAAGACUUUAGUUAAGUUAAUUGUAAUAAAACGGUUAUAGCUGGGAUGUACUGAAAGCAACAAGUAAUAUAUUUAAAGACAAACUGAGUGUAAAAAAAAUGCAGUUUAUUAACUUAUUUAAGGUAAAAUAAUACAUUGUCUUCUUCUCAAAGUAUUUGUUAAAAAUAACAGACACUAGAUUUCCCCUUGCCUUGUCAGUACUGUUCCUCAAACAUUUUGUUUACAUUCUGCUGUUUAAAAUACUGCUGACAUGCAAAGUGAUGAGCCAGAAUGCGUCAUUUUAAAAAGUGGCAUUAUGUCCACAUGAAUAUGUAAUUGAAAUUUAAAUGCAUAUAAUGAAAAAAAGGUAUUCAUUAAAAUUCUGUAAUUUUAAAAGCAAGAACGAUUAAAACUAAUUUUAUAAUGAUGAACUUAAAACAUGUCUACAAAUUGUAUCACAAAAUAUAGGUUCAAUAGUGUAUUUAACACACUUUAUUCAUGCGAUUAUUUAAUGUCUUUUUAAUGUGCUUGAUAUUGAACACUUUGGUAUUCCAUUGAAAACAAGCAGGAAUUUCAGGCUCCAAGAUUCUUGUUGAACACAAAGUAUAACUGAAAUGCAGAAUAAUGAGCUAAGUAGCCGCCAGUGAUGUCAGUAUAUACUGUAGUUGAUCACUGCUGAUACCGCCUCAACCUCAUUCGUUAUCUGAAAAUUAAAAGUAAUUGUGCAUCAUUAGUGCGCCGUCUCCCAGACACUUAAUUAGCACAGAGCACCAGGCACACCCGCUAAUCCAAUCUGCAGCAGUCAGUUUGUAGCCUGUGCUGCAUUUCAUUCUGAUCUCCAGACAGUCGAGACUACGCAGGUCUGCAGCACAUUGACUCAUGCGAUGUGUUUUGACAGACACAGACCAGCUGGCUGUGAUUAAACAGGACAUGGUCUGGAUGCAGAAUGCAUACAGUUUCUAGAAAUAGGAGCCCUGACCUCGAUUCACAACUCACAGUCACCUGAGACCUUUAAGACAGAGCUGGAAAUACUUGAGAAUGAAAUUAAUUGUUUCUUUGAGGACUGCAAAAACUUGGGAAAGGAUAAAAAAGAUAGUCCCCUUGAACAAUAUAUCACCUAGUAAUAAUUAUAUUAUCGUUAAGUUAAUGUCAUACUUACCUAUUUGAAGAAUUGGCAUCAGCUGCAGAGUGAUGUUGCUUUCAUGCAUCCCAUCGGCUGAAGUUUCAGCAAAUGGGAAAGCCGCGGACAUUAGAAAAGGGUAUGAGCAGUUUCACUCAGAUGGUCUCAGGUCAGAUCUUUUACCUUUCUUACAGGUUCUCUUUCUGUCUAAGAAAGAGGUGGAACAAAUGUUAGACAGACCGCUGGAGUGUACAGUUCUCUGAGACUGACAGUGCCUGUUUGAACCCAAAGGGAAUACAGUACAUAACUCAAUGUGUCUUUCACGCAGCAAACACACACCGUGUCUAGUAUAUAACCCCAUCACACCACUCAGUCAUUUUGUCUGAAGCUAUAGCUGCCAUUGGCCACGUUUGUGACUGUGUUACCUAACCCUAACCCUGGAUGUGUUUUGUAACCACCUGCAUUUGCUUCCUUUUUUUUUUUUUUUUUUAACCUUUUUUUCUUUGUGACGGCUGUGUUGUUUUUUUUAACUCCCACACUUAUACUCUGAACAGUAAGCAUAAUUUGGGAAUCCCAGUUGUUAGGAUUGUAGGGGUUCACAAACGUGUUGCUGUUUUGUCUGUGUCCGUUUUUGCUGGUUUUGAUAAAGUUCUCAAUGAUAUUUUAUACUUUUUCUACCUCUAAGGUUUACCACUGUAUAAUAAAAAGCUAGACCAGCCCAUUUUAAGCUCCUUUACUUUUUCUUUUUUAAUUCUCCAUGUUAACAUGUGAAUUUGUUUAGCUCUGCUCAGCCAGUGAGCGUUUUAGUUUUUUUGUCGUUGUUUUUUUUUUUUUUUUACUAGAUUGCUAAAUGCUAUUUAUAUUCUUAAAAAAAAAAUAUGUUAACCAUGUAGAACAUAAAAAGACAGUCUGGUCGAGGAAUGUCUACUCUAUAGGACCGGCUUCCCAGUGAUUAUAAAGUAUUUAUAUCAAAAUUUUAUGUAGAUUUGAAUGUGUCUAAACGCUCUUGAAAGGUACAGGUGGGAGAAUCCAGAGCAUUUCCCCACCAACAAAGACAAUGACUUCAGUCAUUUACAUUUCAGAGAUUGACUCCUAUAAUCAAAAGUGACAUAUGAUCGAAUCAAAACAUGUCACUUUUGGGCAUUGUCACUACUUGUUACCACUGUAAUUGCUGCUACAAGCAGAUAGGAAAAUACAAGCACAAACUUCUUUUGUUGACAAUCUCCAUAUUUAUUUAUUUGGAUUAACAUGUAUUGUAACCAGCAUUUAAGUUUUCUUUUGUUUGUUUUUUUGUUUUUUUAAGGGAAUAGUUCAUCAUUUUGGGAAGUAAGAAUCUCCGCCUUGUUAGAUGAGAAGAUUGAUACCACUCUUAUGUUUGUACGCCAAAUAUGAAGCUACAGCCAGCAGCAGGUUAGCUUAGGUUAGUACAGCAAUUGAAAACGGAGGGAAACUGCUUGCCUGGCUCCAACACCCAACAACACCAUUUUGUUUUUCAUACAGAACACACAAACAGGAUAUAGCAUGUUAAUGUGUGAGAUUUAGGGGUGCUGGUAGGCGGAUAGUUGACCUUUGGAUGGACCUAGGCUACCUGUUCCAGCAGUUUCCAGUCUUAAUGCUACGCUAAGCUAAUGCAGUGUUGGCGGUAGCUACAUAUGAUAGCAGGAUCAAUCUUCUCGUCUGACUAGCAAGUGUAUUUCCCAAAAAAAAAUAAAACAUUGCGCAUAAGCUUCGACAGCAGUUGGCUGUGAAAUUGGAGGUGUGUGGCCAACAAUGUCAUGUUGAGUCAUCUUCUUCUUUUCUUUUCUUUUUCUGAUUUCCAUUUGUUCAGUAGCUUUUGUGUCUCAGUUGCACAAAUGGAGGAAUCUUUUUCCUUUCCAGACUCCAGCCUAGAGUUACAUUUCUUUUCUUCUCUCACGGUUUAUGAAUGGUUGCCUACAAACUCUGUGCAGUUGAAGAUGUAUUUCCAUGUGUCUUGUUUUCAUGGUGAUAUUUUCUUUCUGCCAUCUGUGGAUUUAUCUACCUGUGUUUCGCAUGUUUAUAUUUUCUAUAAUCCCGUGGUCGUGGUUUCCCUGUCUUUAUUUGUUUUGUAUUUUUUACAUGGAGGAGUUCAGGAGUCAUGUGACUGACUGGCAGACUUCAACCAAUCAAUACAAACAGGCCUUGCAUUUCAAAGGACUACAUGUAUCCUUUUAGCACCUGUUUUCAAUAAAACCUCUCUGAAAUGUGCUACUGACCGAAAAAUUACUCAAGACUGUUGUGAGUGUAGACAGUGGGGUUUUUUUUUGUUUGUUUUUUUUCUUCUUUGCCAAUCCUUAAGUGCAUUUACAGGAAAGUGCACUUAGUUUUUUGUAAAACUUUGAAAGUAAAAAUUCAUCCUUAAACAAAACUGUUAAUGAUAUUGUAGUAUACGUAACUGGGCCAAUUGAGUAUUGAAUAUAGACUGUGUUUUUGUUUUUGUUAUGAUGUUGGGUUUCAGUUGGAGGGCUGGUGUCCUUUAUAGGGCUGCCAUUUUGUUACUGUAAAAGGACAAAGAGAGGAUAUUUUCUGUUCUCAAAAGCGCAGAAAACGGAAGGCGCCUGGAUUUGAAAAGGCUCAUUAAAUCAGAAAUUACACACUCGGACUUAAAAAAAUAGCCCUGGGGUGUGUUAAACAUCACAAAUCGAUGUUUGAAAUAUUCAAAAGAGAUUGUAUCCUUCAGGACCUUUAUUUAUAAAGCCUGUCUGUCUUGACUUCACAGUCCAUUUUUUGUUUCUCUCAUAUACUUUUCAUCCUGGUGUAUUUCCCAGUGCCAGUGGCAGCUAUAGAUAGGCAGCUUUGGGGCACCUCGCUGGUUAUUAACACGUGUGAAUAGUGUCACAGUUAUUUAGAGAAAGGAGAGGCAUCCCGCCGCCUUCCAUAGGCCGACCAGUGAGCUGUUGUAGUACUGCAGCACUUCAACGCACCCUGCUUCCUGUUAAAUCUACGCACUGAACGCCGAGACAGACAAAAGUAGCGUGGCAUCAAUAUGUAGCUCAGUUGGGCUUUUGUACUUGCUUCUCCCCCUUUCUUCCUCUUCAAUAAAUGCAAACGGUGAAACGCG